CAUGCUCUGCCACAACUGCAGGGUGAGGAUUGCCCAGAAGAAAAACAAAGCUUGAAGAUGAAUACCUGAAGCCCUGCAAGACAGAUUAAAGCACAGCCACAAGCAUUGCACACAAAGAAUCUGUUCCCAGGACUGUGAAAGGAUUCCAAGCCAUUCUGCUUUCAAUUACAUGAGUACUAUACCUCCUGCUCCAAAGACUGCAAGGACAGAUUCGACUUUUGGCUUUUCCGUGCCAUCCUUUUCCAGGGGCAGAUAGGGUAAGAGCAUCCCAGGCUGAGACUGCCUGGCAGUGCUGCGGCCAAGCUGACAUGCUGGCACAUCCUGGUUACCAGUGGUAUGAGGUGACCAUUCAGAUGCCAUGACCGGCACAUGAGGAGACUGAAACACAGCACACAGUACACAAGCAAAAUGUCCAUUCAAGCAAAACCCAAAUCAAGAACUACAUACACCGGGCAAGUGUUGACCCUCUACAUGGUCUUAGCUACAAACCUCUCCAAGCAGCAAGGGCUGAAGCAGGCUUGUCCUUCAUGUGAUGCCAGUCAGAUUUGCAACUGCUCCUUCAUGGGCUUGGACUUCAUUCCCCCGGGACUCACGGCUGAAAUCACAGUGUUAAACCUAGCCCACAACAGGAUAAAGCACAUCCAAUCCCAGGACCUGAAGCAGGCUGUGAACCUGAGAGCCCUGCUGCUGCAGUCCAACAAAAUCAGCUCCAUAGAAGAGGACUCGUUUCAGUCCCUGGCAAAACUGGAGCUCUUGGACUUAUCAAAUAACAGCUUGGUUCACUUGUCCCCUCUGUGGUUUGGGCACCUUUUCUCACUCCAGCACCUCCACCUUCAAGGCAAUUCCUACAGAGACCUGGGGCAGAGCUCCCCCUUUUCUGGCCUGAGGAACCUGACCUCUCUCCGCCUGGGCAACCCGCAGUUCUCUGUGAUAAGGCAAGGGAACUUUGAAGGCAUUGAGCUUCUGCACAAGUUGUGGAUUGAUGCUAGCAAUCUCAGUCAGUAUGAGCAGGGAAGUUUGAAAUCAAUUAAGGUGAUAAAUCACAUGAUCAUAAACCUAAGAAAUAGUAAUGUAUUCUCAGAAAUUGUUAGGGACAUUCUGCACUCUGUCACUUUGCUGGAAGUGGUAGAAAUCAAAUUUCCGGUUAAAAUAAAAAGCUUGGUGGAGAAUUCUACACCCCCUUUUAGGAUACAAAAGCUUAUGUUGAAAGAAGCUUUCUUCACAGAUCAAACUAUUAGCCGAGCAAUAGUGUCGCUGAAGGCAAUCACCUCUUUAAAAGAGGUAGAGGCAAUCGACUGUGUACUACAGGGACAGGGAUUAUGGAACACUGAAGAAAUUGCAAGGAGUGGGAAAAGUUUUGUUGAAACGGUAACGAUAAUAAGGGUAAUAAUUCAGAAUUUUCAUUUGUUUAUUGAUCUGCAAGGUAUGGAGCCACAAGUAAAUGAACUAAAAAGACUCACUAUUGCAAGCUCUAAUGUUUUCAUGGUACCAUGCAACCUUGCAAGAAAUUUUUUAUCACUUCUGUAUCUGGACUUUCAUGAUAAUUUGCUUGUAAAUAAUCGUUUAAAUGAGACAAUCUGUGAAGGUUCCUGGCCUGCAUUGCAAACUUUAAAUCUAAGUCAGAAUUCUCUAAAAUCUUUGGAACAGACUGCACUUUAUACAUCUCGUCUACCCAAACUGAAUAAUCUUGACAUUAGCCAAAAUAAUUUUGGUGAGAUUCCAGAUGGGUGUGAAUGGCCAAAAGCCCUGAAAUAUUUAAACCUCUCCAGCACUCAAAUUCCUAAAGUAACAAUGUGCAUUCCUGAAACGUUGGAAGUUUUGGAUGUUAGUGGAAACAACCUGAAGGAGUUUGGACUGGAGCUGCCCAUGCUGAAAGAGCUGUACCUCUCAAGAAACCAGCUGAAGACCCUGCCGGGUGCCGCACCUUUCCCAAACUUAGUGGCCUUGUCCGUCAGAAGAAACAAGCUGAACAGUUUCUCCAAGCAGGAGUUUGAGUCCUUCAAGAGAAUGGAGCUGCUGGAUGCCAGUGACAACAACUUCAUCUGCUCCUGUGAGUUCCUCUCCUUCAUCCACCACGAAGCCGGGAUAGCCCGGGUGCUGGUGGGGUGGCCGGACAAGUACGUGUGUGACUCUCCGCUGGCGGUGAGAGGGGCGCAGGUUGGCGCCGUGCACCUCUCCCUGAUGGAGUGCCACAGGUCCCUGGUGGUGUCGCUGAUCUGUGUCCUGGUGUUCCUGGUCGUCCUGGUGCUGGUGGCAGUCGGCUACAAGUACCACGUGGUCUGGUACCUGCGGAUGACGUGGGCAUGGCUGCAAGCCAAGCGGAAGCCCAAGCGCGCCCCGCCGAAGGACGUGUGCUACGACGCUUUUGUCUCCUACAGCGAGAACGACUCCGACUGGGUGGAGAACACCAUGGUGCAGGAGCUGGAGCAGGCCUGCCCUCCCUUCCGGCUCUGCCUGCACAAGCGGGACUUUGUGCCUGGGAAAUGGAUUGUGGACAACAUCAUCGACUCCAUUGAGAAGAGCCACAAAACGCUCUUUGUGCUGUCCGAGCGCUUUGUGCAGAGCGAGUGGUGCAAGUACGAGCUGGACUUCUCGCACUUCCGCCUCUUUGAUGAGAACAACGAUGCGGCGAUUCUCAUCCUCCUGGAGCCCAUCCAGAGCAAAGCGAUUCCCAAGAGGUUCUGCAAGCUGCGGAAGAUCAUGAACACAAAGACUUACCUGGAGUGGCCUGCUGGUGAAGAGCAGCAGCAGGUGUUUUGGGAAAACUUGAAAGAAGCCUUAAAGUCAUAGAAGUCAGUAGCCCUCAUUUCAAUGUAUUUCCACAAAAGGGUGUAUAUCACUGUUUCGUACUGCUAAGAAUCUUUAUUUUUUUUUCUUUGUAACUGUAACUGGCUUUGUUGCGUAUAGAAAUAAUUUAUCAACUGGAAAAGACCCAAUUUUGGCUUUCCAGUGAUUUGAUACAUUGAUCUUUAGAAUUCCCUGCCAAUAACUAUUAUAUUUGGAAACCAUGUUGGACUUGAUCUACUUUUCUGAAUGCAUUUUGCUGAGUGUGGGAUAUUUCUGUACUUCCUCUUACCACUAUCCCCAACUGCUUUCUAACGCCAUAGUG